CCUCCUCCGCGAUCCCCUUCCUCCUCCUCCCCGUCUCCCCUCAGAUCUCCGCCACCGCGACCUCCCGGCGAAUCGGCGGCGGCGCGAUGUCGGGGCAGAGCCAGCGCCUGAAUGUGGUGCCGACGGUGACGAUGCUGGGGGUGGUGAAGGCGCGGCUCAUCGGCGCGACCCGCGGCCACGCGCUCCUCAAGAAGAAGUCGGACGCGCUCACCGUCCAAUUCCGCGCCAUCCUCAAGAAGAUCGUCGCCACCAAGGAGUCCAUGGGCGAGGCCAUGCGCGCCUCCUCCUUCUCCCUCGCCGAGGCCAAGUACGUCGCCGGCGACGGCGUCCGCCACGUCGUGCUCCAGUCCGUCCGCUCCGCCUCCCUCCGCGUCCGCUCCCACCAGGAGAACGUCGCCGGGGUCAAGCUCCCCAAGUUCUCCCACUUCGUCGACCCCGCCGGCGCCUCCGGCGGGCCCUCCAACGCCUCCCCCGCCCUCACCGGCCUCGCCCGCGGGGGCCAGCAGGUCACGGCCUGCCGCGCCGCGCACGUCAAGGCCAUCGAGGUGCUCGUCGAGCUCGCCUCGCUCCAGACCUCCUUCCUCACCCUCGACGAGGCCAUCAAGACCACAAACCGCCGUGUCAACGCGCUGGAGAACGUCGUCAAGCCCAGGCUCGAGAACACCAUCACGUACAUCAAGGGCGAGCUCGACGAGCUCGAGCGUGAGGACUUCUUCAGGCUCAAGAAGAUCCAGGGAUACAAGAGGAGGGAGGUCGAGCGACAGAUGAUCGCGGCAAGGCAGUUCGCCGAGGAGCAGCUUGCGGAGGAUCUGGCCCUCAAGAGGGGCAUCUCCAUGGGGGCCGCCACCAACAUACUCGCUGGUGGCGACAAGGACGAAGACAUCAUCUUCUGAUCUCAUCACCCCUCUUAUCCCCAAUUAUUCAAUCGUGAUGGAAACAAUAAGUUCUGGUGCUGGAGCUCCAGAAUCGCAUCUGUUUAUAGGGUGGCGGAGGUUUUACUUCAGGCGGUAGCCUGAAUUCUGGCCAUCCAGGACCCAAAAUAAUUUGUACGUUGGAACCAAACAUUGCAGAUGAAAUUUAGCAUGAAGCGGGUAAAUUCAUUUGUACUUGUAUUUUAUUUUCCCUGCAUGCUCGUUUUAGUUACGUAUUUAUUGAGAAGACUUCAACUGUGAA